CUCUUUUUGAAGCCGCACUAUGCCUUUACCAGAAGAAGCAAGCACAUCUACGGAUCCUGUCUCUUUCUCCUCUCUAGGUCUAAUAAAGCCCCUCCUCGAAGCUCUCGAACAACUCAAGUUUACUGAGCCAACUGAAAUCCAGCAGCAAUCCAUCCCCUAUGCACUGGAAGGAAGAGAUAUCAUCGGUGUCGCUUCUACUGGUUCAGGAAAAACCGCCGCCUUUGCCCUUCCUAUACUGCAAAAACUCUGGGAUGAACCAAAAGGACUUUUUGCUUGCGUGCUUGCUCCCACUCGCGAGUUGGCAUAUCAAAUAUCUCAACAAUUUGAAGCAUUGGGAUCUGCGAUGGGCGUACGAUGUGCAGUGAUUGUAGGAGGAAUGGAAAUCACUGCUCAAGCUGUCGCGCUUGCCAAAAAGCCACAUAUCAUUGUAGCAACCCCUGGACGACUGAAUGAUCACUUGGAGAAUACGAAAGGAUUCAGCUUGCGGAAUCUCAAAUACUUGGUAUUAGAUGAAGCUGAUAGAUUGCUUGACAUGGACUUUGGUCCAGUAAUCGACAAGAUUCUCAAAGUCAUACCGAAAGAAAGGUCGACAUACUUAUUCUCUGCUACAAUGUCUACAAAAGUCGCAAAACUACAACGAGCAAGUUUGUCAAAUCCCGUCCGGGUGGAAGUAUCGUCUAAAUACCAAACUGUUUCGACUCUGCUUCAAUACUACUGUCUAAUGCCGCAAAAAGAGAAGGAUACUUAUUUGAUCUACCUGGCCAACACACUAGCUCAAAACUCUAUCAUUAUCUUCACAAGAACCGUUCACGAUGCUGCAAGACUUUCGAUCAUCCUGCGUACAUUGGGCUUCCCGGCUAUCCCUCUUCAUGGGCAGCUCAGUCAAAGCCAAAGAUUAGGUUCUUUGAAUAAAUUCAAAAGUGGUGGCCAACGAGUGCUUGUCGCCACUGAUGUCGCCAGUCGAGGUUUGGAUAUACCUUCAGUGGACAUAGUUAUCAACUUUGAUAUCCCAACGCACUCAAAAGAUUACAUUCAUCGUGUUGGUCGCACAGCCCGAGCAGGUCGAGCAGGAAAAUCCAUCACCCUCGUGACACAAUACGACGUGGAGCUCAUACAACGAAUCGAAAAGGUCAUAGGGAAGAAGAUGGAAUUAUGGGAGACCGAUAAGGAGGAAAUAGCUUUACUGAGGGAAAGAGCAAAUGAAGCCUGUCGUGUCGCUGCAAAUGAGCUCAAGGAGCAACAAAAUAGUGGCAAGAAACGUAAGAGGGGUGGCGAGGGUGGUCGACGAGAUGACAGGGACAGAGAUGACGAUGUGGUUGAGGCUGGAAUGCCAACCCGAAAACGGGCGUCAAGAGGAGGGCGACGGUGAAAUUUUGUGUGAUGGUCAGGCAGUAACAGACCAAACGCCAGCUAAUGUAAUCACAUUUGCUCCCAAUAGUGCGGAAGAUGAUACUAUAGUAGAUGGGUAUACGUUCCAUGCAUAUUCUAUCACUCCGAUGAGUAGUAGCCUGAGGUAUUCUCAGCGAACAAAGAUCGAAAAAAAGACAGGGG